AUGGGUUACUCACCGUCUUCCAUGGAGUAUAAAGCGGUUGUAUUAGUAUACUGUCCUCGUGUGUAUUUUCGUAUAUUAACCGCUGGAGUUGAUAAAACGUGGAGGGACGUUGAUUUGGGACUCGUAUCAUCGAACGAGGCAAUUAGUGCGUUCUACGAACGUCCGUUGGUUACUGAAGGCUUCGUGCAUUGGUGUUGUCACCGUACACACCACGUCUUGACACUUAAUGUGGAGACCGAAACUAUUACAGAGACUCCCGCCCCUCUCCCGCCUCCUUCUCUUGGGAGUCAAAACAAUGUUUACUUAUCGACUGGAAAAUAUCUGUCGUUAUUGCGUCAUUACGGGGAGUGCUCGUGGCAGGUUUGGGAGAUGAGUCGACCCGAAACAGGGGAAUGGAGAAUGAAGGCCGAUUUUUCGUUGGAGGUUCACAAGAGAAGAUUCAACCUAAAUGGUGUUUUAGACAAAUAUUUUUUGUUCCCGAUCGGCUGGCUGAAGUACUCAGAGUUGUUGGCCUUGAGAGCUAAGGAUGAAGGGCCUGCAGUUUUUGUGUACAAUCUUGUUACGCAAGAAGUCGAUGAAAUCGGAUACGUCAUCAAAAAUAACGUCCCCAACACACCCGGCGGCAGGCUUUUCGACCAAGAAAUAGGGGUCGAUUUCGCCCUUCUCACCAUGGAAACCGUUAACUACUUCAUCUGGAAAAUCUUCGAACAAAAACUACCCUCCGAAAUAAAAAACGUGCCGGUCCUGACCCUCUACAUAUCUGACUUCCAAGGAUACGCGUACAAAAAUGGGGACAACGUGAACGUGAGUGGACCCGCCCUUGACAGGUUCUACUUCCCCCGCAACAAGUCCAAAUUCUUCUUCUCGUCCCUAAUGUACCACGAGAUGACCCACGUUUUCCAGUGGCACGGUAAUUUUACGGCGCCGGGAGGUUUAACGGAGGGGAUAGCUGAUUACGUGAUGGUAAAGUCGAAUAUUUACGAGAAGGACAAAACCAAGCCGUCGCCGGUCAGCCACAACAAACAGUUGGACGCCGGAUUCGAGAUACACCGGUCAAAUUACAGACGCCGGCCGCGGUGGCUCUCGCCCGUCGCCACUGAGACGUCGCCUCCACAGCCCGCCACUCCCAUCGCCAGUGAGAAUGAAAUAAAAAAAAAUAUGAAUUUUGAACAACGAGGAGAUCCACCGGAGAUGGGGGAGAUGGCAGGCGAAGGCGUGGCGUUAGCGGCGUAG